AUGGAUCCAAGACACCGCCAGCCUGCUCCCGUGCCACGGUCCAACAACGCCAACUCCAACUCCAUCUCGAAUGCAGGCUCCAACAGCGCCUCUCCUUUUCCUCCCGCCUCGAUCGUCGUGCCGCCUCCUCUGCACUCGGCCCAUCACCACCCCUUCGCGACGCACACCUUUGCACCCGUCUCCGCGUAUGCCGCCGACCCUCGUCGGGCCUCAGACACCCCGUACUACCCGCCGGCCGGCCGCGCCAGCUUGCCAGCUCCGGAGCUUGGCCACAACCAUUCGCAGUCGCAGUCGCAUUCACACUCGCGCGCGCAGAGUGCUUCGUCGCUCCCUUCGCUCCCGUCUGCCAGGGAGCACAGUCGCGUAAUGCCUCCUCCGCCAACCUCGCCCUCGCAGGGCCAGCAGGGGGGCCAGCCGCCGCCGCCGCAUCAUCAUCAUCACCAGCAGUCGCAGAGCUCCGUGAGCUACGGCCCGAUGCCGACUCGACCGCCUUCUCUUUCUGCUGGGCCAUCAACUUCGUUCCCGUCUGGAAGGGAGCUGCCGGCCUUGAGCUCGCUCUCCAGGUCGGGUGGCGGCGCUGGAAGUAGCUCCAUGUCGAUAUCUUCUAUGCUUGGCGGACCGCCUCCAGCUUCCCGUGAUUCACAACCUCCGCCACACUACUCAUCUCACGGUCCUCCGCCAUCAUCAGGACCGGGAUAUGGGCCUGCCAUGCAAGCUUCGCCAAGGUUGCCUUCUGCGUCAUCCGAAUAUCCCCCAUUUCGCCGACCUCAGACCCCUGACCAUCCACGACCAUACGAUCCCCGAGCCAGUGCUGCACCGUCACCUCAUGGCCCCUUUGCGACUACACCCGACCUACAACGAUACGGUACACCCCAGGGCUAUCACCAGCGUCACCCGUCUGCACCCGCCGAUAUUUCGCGAGAGCCAGGGAGGAUGUCUGCCGGUCCGCCACCGACUCAAAACAAACCGCCGCCGCCGUAUGGUGGUAUGCCGCCGCGGCCAUUGGAGGUGGGCCGAUCAGAUGACCCUUAUGCAAGACGAGACGAUAGCCGGCCGCCCCCAGCCAUGGAGUUUAAUCCUGAACGGCCAGGUCUAAGGCCAUAUCCUUACGAUGAACGGUUCCACCCCGAUAGAGAUCGACAGCCAGUUCCUGAGGCUCGUGAGAGAGAAGGUAGGGAGCGAGCGUAUUCGGGAGGGGCCGAUUCGCGCCGGCAGCAGCAGCAGCAGCAUAUGUCUCCUCAUGAGUUGGGACAUCGAGACACUCACCCUGGGCAGUCUGCUUAUGGGCGUCCUCCGGAACACCGAGAUACCCGCGAUCAGUGGGGACGACCAACUACUUCAGACCCGAAUUAUAGACCGCCCCUCGAGCAUCAACGACCUCAACACUCAGAGUACCCCCCUGCAUCCGGACCAUACUCUCACCACGGGCAGCCGUAUCAGGCUUCUCCCCCCGAUCGGUAUCCGCCAACCUCGCAUCCUCCUCAUCCAUCUGGAAACGCGCCAGCGCCACCUCCACAGUCCUACGAGGCUGACCGAGCUCGCAUGGAUCAAAUUCACCCUCAUCCACCUCAGCCUCAGGGCCCUCCCCGCCGUGAAGAACCACCACCACCCGCUCCUGCGGGCUAUGGCACCUCGCAUGGCCCGUCUUUUGAUUCGCCUCGUAAGGAGAGUGACGAUCAUCACGGGCCGAAUGGGCUACAGCGAAAUUUAUUGGCAGUACAAGAUAUUAAUCGCAAGGGUCGAAUGUCCCCUCUCCCGCAAGCAGUCCAAGGCGCACAACCACAGCAGCCUGGCCCUGCGGCUGAGCCAGGCAUCAAGAGUGAAUUUGGUCGCAUGUUUUCCGGCAUUGGAAGCGGCGUCAGUGGUAUCGGCAUGUCCAGCCCGGUAGCAUCUUCGGCCGCGACGGCGUUCCCAAGCCAAACCUCACAUCCCGCAGGUGGCAAACGCGAAGACAUUGAGAGUGUCGGGGUGGACUCUGUCGUCGACAAUAUCAAGGGCCCAAAGCCUGGAAGGAGACGAAAUCAUCAUCACCAUCACCACCACCACGGACAAGAUUCAGUACCAUCACCGCCGACUGCAGCUGCUCAGUUUAAGAAUCUUAAAGGCAGUACACCGACAGCUUCGCCGACUGAAAAGUCCCACCACCACCACCAUCAUCACCAUGGCCAAAAGACCGGGGCUCCCGCGCCGGCCAGCCAGACUAAGCCUGCGCCUCCUGUCAUACCACCAAAGACCAAAACAGUUGUAGCCUCCAAGCUUGUCUUGGACUCGGUCGCCAAUCGCGCAAGACAUCAUCUCGGAGAUUUCAUAUACGAACCCGAACUGAAGCCGGGUCGACUACUUCCAAACACACCCACACACAGAGGCUUCUCGUCGAAUCCUAAGCCGCUUCCCUGGGAUAUCAUCAAGGACAAGGAGAAUUGCCUACUGACGGUCAAGGUGCCGCUUAUACAUCUCUCUCCUGUAGCUCGCGAGGAAAUCACGGCGCGGGCCUAUCUGUGGGGCACAGACGUUUACACUGAUGAUUCGGACGUAGUUGCGGCUUGCAUCCAUGGCGGCUGGAUAAAGGGCGAGUGGACAGACGACGUUGAUACGGCCAUGUUGGACCUGGAACAGGGAACAGCUGAGGGUGGCAAGCGCAAGACCAAGAUUCCAACCCCAGAGCUGCCGAGUCGAGAAUCAGAAGGCGCCAUCACUACGCCGCCGCCACUGGGACCCAUGGAUAUCCCAGCAAACCGGGAUUUGCAUGUCAAUGUUUUGAUCCUACCUCGACUCGUUAAAUACGCGGGGUCUACGCGAUUUGGCAUUUCUAGCCGCGAGUUUGGAGGCCAAUACGGCAGCCGACACUCGGUUCACGAUGGCAUAAGCUACAUGAUCAAAAGCAUCCGAUGGGUAGAAAACGGUGCGCAGCCCCAGGCAAGGCUACGCGGCAAAGGUAGGAGAGAGCGCAUGCGUAAAGCAAUGAAGGAGGUCACGGCUAGCUUUGGCAACAUCCAUGGGCUUGACGUGGAGCAAAGCAAGGAAAGCAAUGCGUCGCCCCAAAGAGGCGAUAUCAUCGGCAACUGGAGGAAGAAGGACCAGCCGGAUGCGCCCGCAGAGGUUGUGAAUGACAAGCCGGACCAAGAGCGCGCAGCCAGCGAGGGAAACAAGGAGAACCGCGUAGUAACGACGCAGCCUGGCAACUCGGAAGAGCCAGCCAAAGAGACGAAGAAAACGCCAGAUCAAGAUGUUGAAAUGACGGAAGCAGAUGCGGGGAAGAAAGAGUCUGAUACUGUCGAAGAAAAGUAA